UUAUAGAAGAAGAAGAAGACGCUCAUGCUGAUUUCACGCGACGUACUGACAGCUAAUGUACCAACUUCUGUGAAUAUAAAAGACUACACGUUGUUUAAAGCAGCGGUUUUUAUUUCCAAAGCCUGAGUGUUAUUUAGUUUUGAAUCAGACCGCUUGAGGUCGAAUUAAACUCGCCAUUUAGCUAAUUUUCUCUUCGAGUUAGCUUUGCUGGUUAGCAUCCUGGCUAACCGGUUAGCUGUAGGACAGGUGACGUCAGGAAGGGACCCACCCCACCUGCCGUUGACCGUUAACUUUACCGGCGUAGUUUAAUGUUGAUGUAGUUUAGCCCUGCUUUCAUCUUCCUGCCGCCGGCGACUUCAUGUUUAACCACCUCUCCGCUGUUCUCACGCUGCUUCCCCGCCGCCUGCUCUCUUCCUCACCGAGAACUUUGACCAGAGCCUGCCGCCUCCUCGGCAGGAUGGAGCCGGCCGUGGUGAGGUGCCUCCCCGGGGAGCCCAAACUCACCAUCUCUUUCUGUCUGGACGGCAGCCGCAAGCACAUGCUGCGGGACCAGGGCGAAGCCCUGGGCAAGGUCCUGGCCCGGAUCUCCAACAGCAUUACCAAGGGCCAAGGAAAAGCGAAGAAGUCGAAGAAGAACAAGGGACAGCAGCCGUGUGAAACCCCGGAGCCCGCGGUGGUGAAGCUGUACUACAUGGGGGACGAGGUGGCCGACACGGUGCUGAACUCGGAGGCGUGGCAGGACGGAGCCGUGCUGCAGGUGGGAGACCUUAAAUACUCGGUACAGAGGAACGCUCCCACUUUAACCACCGCUGAGCUCCCGGUGUCCCUGCUGGCCGGGUUCCCCGUCUGUCCCAAUCUGGAGGUGGAGUUUGGGAACCUCCAAGACUGCGAGUUCACGUGGUAUAAAGAAAAUACCUCAAACACAAGCCCUGAAGCUGCUGAAGAGGUUCCAGGUCAGGACGGCGGUUGGACAGAGAUAGGAUGUGGGAGAGUCCACGUCCCGUCCAAUCAGGACAUCGGCUGCAGGCUAAAACUGCGCUGCACGCCUAAAGAUGGAAGCCGCAGUGGCCUGGCCAAGGAGCUGGUCUCUGUGGGAGCCGUAGAGGCCGGACCAGGCGUGUGCACGUUCGACAACCGACACGCAUACACGCUCAAAGAGGCGGAGUGGCCGGCUGUGAGGGUGGUGUCAUACAACAUCCUCGCCGAUGUCUACGCCCAGACAGAACUGUCCAAGACGGUGCUUUACCCGUACUGCGCCCCCUACGCCCUGCAGCUGGACUACAGACAGAACCUGAUCAAGAAGGAGCUGGCCGGAUACAACGCUGACAUCAUCUGUCUGCAGGAGGUCGACAAAGGGGUGUUCGUGGACAGUCUGACUCCGGCUCUGGAUGCCUUCGGUCUGGAUGGCGUUUUCAGGAUCAAAGAGAAGCAGCAUGAAGGACUGGCCACUUUCUACCGCAGGUCAAAGUUUCAGCUGCUGAGCCGUCAUGACAUCGUGCUGAGCGAGGCGUUGACCUCUGACCCCAUCCAUUCUGAGCUCCUGGAGAGGGUUUCUGCUAACAGCGCUCUGAAGGACAAGAUACUGCAGAGGUCCACCGCCCUGCAGGUCAGUGUGUUUGAGGACCUGAAUAAACCAGGCAGGAAGGUCUGUGUGGCCAACACUCACCUGUACUGGCACCCGAAAGGAGGGAACAUUCGCUUGGUCCAGAUGGGCGUGGCUCUGCAACACCUGAGUCAUGUGAUCAGCGAGGUCGCACCUGGAGCCCCUCUGGUUUUUAGUGGUGACUUCAACUCCACCCCUAACUCAGGUGUGUUCCAGCUGGUCAGUGAGGCUGUGGUUCCUCGGCAGCAUGCAGACUGGAGCAGCUCGGGGCCGGAGGAGUCCUGCAGCAUGGAGCUGCUCUCUGCCUUCCCCCCGCUGCUGAGCGCCUGCAGCCAGCCGGCCUACACAAACUACGUGGGAGGAUUUCACGGCUGCCUGGACUACAUCUUCAUACAGCCGGACAGCAUGCAGGUGGAGCAGGUGAUUCCUCUGCCCAGCCACCAGGAGGUCACCACCUACGAGGCUCUGCCCAGCGUGGCUCACCCCUCCGACCACAUCGCCCUGAUCUGUGACCUGCGCUGGAGCCCCUGACCUCUGACCUCAAACCACCUGCACAGAACACGUUGCAGAACCGGGCCGUCUGUUGCUCCUGCAGAAACACUCUGAUUUUUGAUUUCUUUUCACGUGAAUGAAGUCCGAGCAGGGAAACGUGUUCCUGCAGGUUUACUGGAGAUCAGUGAAAGACAACAGAAACGUGGACGAGCACAGAAAUCAUCUCACACACCAGAGAACUGUCUUCGAUUACAAUAUGACUGAAAUGUUGUAUUUAACUUCAUAUUUUAAUUUUUUACUGUACAAUAAUUAAUUAUUUUUAAUCACUGAUAUUCAGUGUUGGGGGUGUUGCUGGAAAAAGUAAUGAAUUGCACAUUGCUUGUUAUUUUUCUUGAAAGUAAUUAAUUAAUUACAUUCUUGUCACACUACUGCAUCAUACUACAGUGAAAAUUAUUGUCAGUCUGAGCUCAUGUUACCAACACAAAUAAUGUGACUCCUGCUGGUUCUUCCUCACCCUUUAGUUAUGACACAUUUUAGACUACAUGGACACUUUGGCUUCAAUACCCAAUGACAGGGUUAAUAAAUAAAUAUUAACAUUUUAAUAAAGGUAUUUAUUAUUACUAUUAUUUUGGACACUGGUCCUUUUGAGUUUGAGUCUACAGCAUUAAAGUCCACGCAUAAGUCAGA